AUGAAGUUAUUCGAUUGGAACGAGAAAGGCAUACGUAUUGGUGGAAAGUUCCUAACAAACUUUCGUUUUGCCGACGACAUUGUCACCUUCUCAAGAAGUACUAGCGAAGCAGAGGUGAUGAUCAACGAGCUCAACGAAGCGGGGAAAAAGAUCGUACUUCGCAUAAAUCGAAAGAAUACCCAGUUCAUGAAAAAUUCAUGGUGCGAAGGCGAAAAAAUUGAAUUGGAGGGCUCUCCCAUUGCAGAGGCCACCUCGUACGCUUACCUUGGGCGACCAAUGAACAUGGAAAACAACAUGAAGAAGAAACUAGAUAGAAGAAGGAGAGCAGCUUGGGUCGAAUUCAGUCCUCUCAGAGAAGCCACCGACCAACUGGACAACACGAAAAUCCGCCCUUAUCUCUUUGAUUCUACGGUCUUCCCAGUGCUCUUUUAUGCUGCAGAGACGUGGGUUGAUACUUCAACUACGUCAAGAAUGCUUCAAACUACUCACAGAGCGCUUGAGCUAUGUCUUCUGAAAUAUAACCGGCACUCUCAAUAUGUAGCCGCAUGCGAAGCUCUGAUCUUCAAAAUUUGUCACAUCUUCGAGAUCCAGGAGAAUAUAUAUUGA